AUGACCGCGCCCCCCUCCAGCCAGCCCGACCACGGCCACGACGCCCUGGACGACGACGGCGCUGCUGGCGCUCCCUCCGGCCAUGAGAACCCCGUGCAGGACGUCGCCGCGAGCCACGAGGAACCCCCGCCCCCGGGCGGCUUCAGCGACACGCCCGUCCCGCAUGCGACGCCUGGCUUUACCCUCAAGUUCACCUUCCACCGCGCCAACCACCUGCCCAUCGCCGACAUCAACACCAUGUCCUCGGACCCCUACGUGCUCGCGCAGCUGAACACGGCCCUGCCCCCGCGCCACAAGGAGGACCCGCUGCUGCGCAUGCGCUCGCCCACGGUGCAUCGCUCGACCGAGCCCGUGUUCGAGUGCGAAUGGAUCGUUGCCAACGUGCCCGCCUCGGGCUUCAAGCUCAAGGUCCGUCUGUACGACGAGGACCCUGCCGAUCACGACGACCGCCUGGGCAACCUCCACAUCAACGUGCCCCAGCUGUCCGAGGACUGGGAGGGCAUUCACCAGCAGACCUACAAGCUGAGGAAGCGCCUGGCCAGCAAGCGCGCCUACGCCUUGCGCGCCGCCGCCGUCGCAGUGAACAAGGCUGAGCACAUGGGCGCCGAGAUCGUCGUCAGCAUCGAGCUCCUUGGCAGGACUCAAGACCCGUACAACGAAGGCGGCAGGGCGUACACGCUCGGGCCGCUGCUCUGGUACAGGCACAACUCGCCGCUGCUGGGCCGUAUCGUGAACCGCACCGACAGUGGCGGCGAUGAUGAAUCGAACCAUCCGAUCAAGUACGACAGGCACGGCAACAGAAUCAACAGAUACAACUUCCAGGCGAACGAGAUCCAGCUCCGGGGCCCUGUUCCUCCCGAGCUGUACCAUCGCUACGUCGAGUUCAAGCCCUUUGUCAGGUCCAUGUACACGGCAAAGGGUGUGCGAGGCUUCCUUUUGUCAAAAGCGCUGCACCACCAGCACGCGAGGGUCUACAAUUACGACAAGAGCACAUCUUGGGGCAAAUUCGACGAGCCCUGCUUUGAGCAAACGAUGAAGUUCCUCGAGCUCGUGCACUUUGACCAGGGCGGCCGCAUUUUCACCUACGUUUUGACCCUGGACGCUCUGUGGCGAUUCACGGAAACGGGAAAGGAGUUUGGCAUCGACAUGCUGAGCAAGCAUACCAUGCACAGCGAUGUAUCGGUUUAUAUCGCCUUCAGCGGCGAGUUCUUCAUCCGGCGCCUCAAGCACCCACACCACCGGGCGGAUGCUGAAGAUGAGGGUGAACACCAGCACCAUCAUCAUUCUCACCACCGCGAAAGGAGCGGGGACAACUCGACGCAUCCGCCAGACGACAUCUCCGGCGGACCUCCUGUGGACGAGCCGCCCAAGGAUCCCAAGCACUACGAACUUGUCAUCGACAACGACUCGGGGACCUACCGGCCCAACGCCAAGCUCCUGCCUCUGCUCAAGUCCUUCAUGGAGUCGCGCCUCCCCGGCCUCAAGGUCACCACGCUGGAUUGCCAGGCCGAUGCGGACAAGAUGGCGCGCAUGAAGCAGGAGCAGCGCGACCUCAAGGCCCGCGAGGGAGACCAGAUUGUCUACCACCAGCUCAGCGAGAGCGACAACGACAGCAGCAGCCUCAGCAGCUCCGACGAGGACGAGUUGGAAGAGGCGGUGCAGAGCCACCACGCGCGGGUCAGGGACGACCAUGUCCUGCACGCCUUCGGCCACCAAGCGCGUGCUCAGCAACAGGCCAAGGCGCAACACCUGAAGAGCCUGGCGCACAGGCCCGGCUCGGGGAUGACUGGCCAUAAGGGUCACCCGGAUCCGGUCGAGGCGCCUGAUGUUGGCGCGCCGCAAUAG